AUGGUCCUUAAGUGGUCCACGAGAGUCAAACUUCAAUCCAAAGGACCAUUUGGAGCGCCCUACUCAAGGAUCUGCGAGCGGAUCAUGAUGUCCAUGGCAGACCUGGUGCUUGUCGACGCCGCCGCUUGGGCAAAAUGGCUUGCGGAGAACGCUUCUUCCUCUCAAGGAGUCUGGUUAUCCAUGGCCAAGAAAGGAGUCACUCAGCCUACAUCUUUGACCUUACCACAGGCCUUGGACGAAGCCUUGUGCUAUGGUUGGAUCAAUGGGCAAGGUCGUAAAGGGUGCGAAGGCACGACAGUACAGCGAUGGACGCCAAGGAGACCAAAGAGCAUGUGGUCGCAAGUCAAUGUCGAGCACGUUGCCCGACUUGACCAAGAAGGGCGGAUGAAGGAUGCCGGAUGGGCUGCUGUCGAAGCUGCGAAAUCGGAUGGAAGGUGGGAUGCCGCAUAUGCUCGGCAGUCAGAGAUUGUAGCCCCGGAUGAUCUACUUGCUGCUAUCAAAGCUGUGCCUGAAGCACAAAAUACUUGGGAGGCGGUCAACAAGACCAAUCGCUUCCUGCUGAUCUACCGAUUGAGCUCGCUGAAGACCGAGGCGGGACGAAAGAAGCGCAUUGCGGCAACAGUCGAGAGUCUUGCGAAAGGCGAAACACCUCAGCCACAAAAAGGUCUUACGACAAAGCCUACUACGAAGGCGAGCUCCAGCGAAAGCAGCUCCGGCGUGAAGCCGACGAGGGCAAAGCAACGGAAGGAUGUCCUGAUACAACGGGGCACGCGAAGCAGCUCGCGAACCAUCACCAAGAAGGACUCGGUACCAUAA